GAUGGCGGACUCGGUAGCGGCCGGACUCGGGGACGAAAACGAGACCGAAAACGAGGAUAAUAAGGGGGAGAAACGGCUCAGCGGCGGCGUCAGCAAGACGGGGAAACAUGCCGGUGCUUCAGACGCUACAGAAACUCUGGGAUUUUACGAGAGGAAGGCCAAAUAUAAAGAUAGAAAGAGCCAUGUGUCGGAUCUCUCUCUGUUGAGGUUUAUUAGUGCUGAGUUGACUCGAGGAUAUUUUCUGGAACACAACGAGGCCAAAUACACAGAGCGGAGGGAAAGGGUCUACACCUGCCUGCGGAUACCAAAAGAACUUGAGAAGCUGAUGAUCUUUGGGUUUUUCCUGUGUCUCGAUGUGUUUCUGUACGUGUUCACUCUGCUGCCCCUCAGAGUGCUUCUGGCUCUGAUCAGACUGCUGACGCUGCCCUGCUGCGGCCUCAGUGGAUCUCGAAUCUUACAGCCCGCUCAGGUGUGUGAUGUUCUCAAGGGUUUCAUCAUGGUUCUGUGUUAUUUCAUGAUGCACUAUGUGGAUUAUUCCAUGAUGUACCAUCUGAUCCGGGGUCAGUCUGUCAUCAAACUCUACAUCAUCUACAACAUGCUAGAGGUGGCGGAUCGCUUGUUUUCAUCUUUUGGUCAGGAUAUUCUGGAUGCUCUGUACUGGACUGCCACAGAACCAAAAGAGAGGAAGAGAGCACAUAUAGGAGUGAUCCCACAUUUCUUCAUGGCUGUUCUCUAUGUCUUUUUGCAUGCCAUUCUGAUUAUGGUUCAGGCCACCACUCUGAAUGUGGCUUUCAACUCACACAACAAGUCACUGCUCACCAUCAUGAUGUCUAAUAAUUUCGUUGAGAUCAAAGGAAGUGUAUUCAAGAAAUUUGAGAAAAACAACCUUUUCCAGAUGUCCAAUAGUGACAUUAAAGAAAGGUUUACAAACUACACACUCUUACUAAUCGUCUGUCUCAGAAACAUGGAGCAGUUCUCAUGGAAUCCAGAUCAUCUGUGGGUGUUGUUUCCUGAUGUGUGCAUGGUCAUUGCCUCGGAGAUCGCAGUUGACGUCGUCAAACAUGCCUUCAUCACCAAGUUUAAUGACAUCACAGCAGAUGUCUACAGUGAAUACAGAGCGAGUCUGGCCUUUGAUUUGGUCAGCAGCAGACAGAAAAAUGCAUAUACAGACUACAGUGACAGUGUGUCCAGGAGGAUGGGCUUCAUUCCUCUUCCUCUUGCUCUACUGUUGAUCCGGGUGGUGACCAGCUCUGUGAAGAUCCAGGGCUCUCUGUCCAUCAUAUGUGUUGUGCUCUUCUAUCUGGGUAUGAUCACUCUGAAGGUCCUGAACAGUAUCGUGUUGUUGGGGAAAUCCUGUAUGUAUGUGAAAGAGGCAAACAUGGAGGAAAAGCUGUUUCAGAAUCCCCCCUCUGCCGCUCCCAGCAGAGUGUCCAGCAGAGUCCACCGUACCAAACACACAGGAGAACCACCAGGUGAGCCAGUGGAUGAGGGCAUGUCUGCGUCAGUCACAACUCAGCCCACCCACAGGGAUGAAUCACCUGCCCCUCAACUCCCCACCAGCAAAUCAGAUCAGUUCCUCACUACACCAGAUGAAUCAGAAGAGAAAAGCCUUAUUCAGGAUGAAACUGAACUUAAACAUAGGGCACCCAAAAAAGACUUGUUGGAGAUUGAUCGCUUUACUAUCUGUGGUAACCGUAUCGACUGACAUGAAGGCACACACACACACUCAAGUCUGAGAGUGAUGCCAUGUAUGCACUGAAAUGCCCAACCUCCUUGCCAGCUUUAUUUAUGACCUUUGAACCAGAGCUCAUUGCAAUGGGACAACGAGAGACUCCAGGAUAUUUAUUGAUAAGUGAUUGCGCCUAAUUUAUUUAAGACUGAAAAUCGAACACAUUCAUACACAGACAAUCACACAAACAUACACACAGUCUUAGCCAUUAGGACUCCAACCAGUGACGUUUCUAUAAUUUGAAGAACUUUAACAUCACCAGGGGGAGGCCAACUUUGGAUGCCGGGAAGAUAUUGGUUCGCUGGUCAGUGUGCUGUCCUGUCAUGGGGGUAUCAAAUGAAGACAAAGAGAGAAAUGGAUGGAUUCUAUUCUAAAGUUAUAGUUGUACCAGACAUAAAACUACUAGUCUGAAGAUUGCUUUCUUAGGUGAAUUCAAAAGGGGAUUCAAACACUCAUGACCAACUGAUCUGCAGGUCAGUGAAUCAAAUUAAAGGUCAAAGCUGGAAUGGGCAAUUUUCAUGUUUUUUUUUUUUUUCUUCAUUCAUAAUUUCUUUCUUUUGGAGUAUCCCUUCAACUCCCCAAUCUUUAAUUUCCCUCAAAAGAGUUUUAGUUCCGAUUUGAAAUAUCACCAUGUUCAUUGGCAGACAAUUCUGAAGUACAGAUAUGUAUCAUGCAGAUACAUUUUGCAACCAUCAUUUGAGGUAAUGUUUUAAAAGACUAUUGUAAGUAUGUGAAACUUCAGUGAAAUGCAUGCUGUGAUAUGCUGAUUCAUUUACACCAUAAAGGAAUAGUUCACCCAAAAAAUGAAAAUGCUCUCAUUGUUCACUUACCCUGAUGCCAUCCCAGAUGUGUAAGACUGUCUUUCUUCAGCAGAAAAUGUUG